AUGCACCAGUCGGACAGAGUAUUACGGCAAUUUAGAUUCCGACAAUCGAUCCCCGUGGCACCUGAGGUGUUGGAUGAUCAUCACAAAAUUGACCUACAGUUGGAGUCAAUGGCCCGGUUCAUCUCCAUUUUCUGUUACACCGAGUGGACCGUCAAUGUAUAUGCCAGUGUCGCAAGAGGGAUCGCAAGAGGGGCCAUCGGGGAGCUCUUCUUCUUACCAAUCGCCAUCACCGUAUGGGUUUCAAACAGCUUCGCCGUUGGUCAUGCAAACACCUCCACAGUCACUAUUCUAUCAAGAAACCAAACAGUUAUUAAUUGUAAAAAUUUUACCAUAUUGAGUUGCUUAAAAUUAAUCAUCUCUCAUUCACAUAUAUACUCAAAAAGGUAUGAGCAGGAUCUAUGGACAUACAUAGCCAGGUUUUUGGAUGGACGAUCAUUGGUGAUGCUGGGAGCUACUAAUAAAUGGUUCAACAGUGUUAUCAUGCAAGAUUGUAUAUGGAAGUUCACAUGCUUGAGGGAUCUUCAGGUUCCUGAUCCUGGUCACGUAGCAUUCAGUUGGUCCAAGCUCUAUGCUUCAGUUGUUGAUGGAAGUCACUCUUUCAUUUUCCGCCAGCAGGAGAAACAUAUUGAUUGGAUGCGGAUUGGGGCGUUUUCAUUCGAUUCAGAAGUAGCAUUUCUGAGCCAAAGGAUGAGUGCAUCUGUGAAAAUCCCAAAACAAGAAAAUAUAGGUGAUAUGUUGCAGUCUUGCGGCUCAUGUCUGCUAAGGAAAAUCAAGACCGGAAUCUGGAUAGCUGAUUUACAACUUGUUCGAUGCCCAGUAUGUGACCAAGAAAAAUGUGAAGGAACAAUGCAGAUGUUAGAUGCAAGGCAUAUUGAGCUGUUCCUUAACCAAGGGUUCCAGGAUGGGAGUUGGGACUAUGAACUCGUUGGAUCUCAUGAAAUCAAAAAGAAAGUACGAGGAGCUUAUGGAGCCAUUUUUGACUUCAAGUACCUCACAAGCAAUUCCACUGCGGGGAUCUUCGAUUAUAAGUCAUGGAUAGGACAACCCAAUGACUUUCAACCAAAAGCAAUCAUUGCUCUUCAUGCAGUCGCAGUCAACACCAAUUUACAAGAAAAUCAAGGCGUCUUAAUAAAGUACCAUACCAUGAGAGCUGGAGCUGAAGGGGAAAUUGUUUCAAUCAGAAUCUCUCAACAACUCCUUUGACAUGUUGCUUGAACCUGAACCAGAAUCGCAGAUAUUCGAUUUUCUCAUCAUUCAAAUUGGUUUGUUCUUUCCUCUAACCCUUCUUUUUAUAAUAGUUAAAAACAGCUCAAACCAUAAGAUUUACUUUCAGAUUGAUUUUGGACUUACCACACGUACCCUUGUUUGAACUGUCCUCAUAGAUUAGUAUAAACAUAAGCCCUUUAUAAAUACAGACCAUAGUCAGCAAUCCUCAUAAACUUGUCUACAAAUUUGAGAUAUUUAGAGUAUA